CAAUAAAUAAGGCCAAGUGCCUACUCAGGUUGGGUUUCGAAUGGAAUUAUUAUUCUUAUUCCAAGUUUGUCAUCUUCCUUCGGUUGCAUUUGUCACAUCUUUUUUCUUUAUAUUUCCUUCUCUCCCUUUUGCAUUCGAUAGUGGAAAGGGGAAUAGGGAAAGGAGAAGGAUAGAUAUGUAACCCGAUAGUUAACUCGGAUCUCUUUUCAAUAGCUUAUUUUCGAUCUGUUUAAAUCCGAGGAAACCCCAGCACUUUACACAUUAUACACAACAAUACAUAUUGAAGCAAACCCUCAGAAUCUAGGGAAAUUAGAAAUUGGUAAGUUCAGAAGGUUAGCAGCUACCCAUCUAACCAACUUAGUGGUAUAUGCUAUUAAGAAUUACAAAUCCAUCUUCAAAACCUUAUAUAUCUGUCGGAUUGCACCAUACCACACAACCAGUGCUUCCCCAGUUCUCCUAAUGCAUGGCCUACUAGCCUCAAGCGCCCCACUUAAACUAACUGACGGACGGAUCAGAUAAGAAAAUUGGCCGUCUGAUACGAUAAACUCUAGCCCCACUAAAAGCUGCAUCCUUUUCCCCAAUUCGGCAAUUUGUUGAUUUGACGGUUCGGCGGCACCGGCACCAGCACCGGCACUGGUAAACGAGGGAGAACGAGCGAGAGAGAGGAUGGCGGCGGCGGGAAUCCUGUCAAUUUUCGGGGGCGCCCGCAGAGUGCUGACUGGCAGUGCCAGAGCCUCUGAGCUCUUCCCACAGACGCAGCCCGAUGUCGAUGGUGAGGAGUGCAAGCAUGAUUGCGACAGCUGCACUAUAAAGUACCCGCGCGGGUUCAAGGUUGAAGAUACUCAUCCUCUGUAUGGCAACAUCAAGCCUUGGAGCACUCAUGUGCUAGUUGCGACUAGCAAGACAGAUUGGUGCAGAGAUGUUGAAAACGAAAAGGGAAGCGUGAUGGAGGCCUUUGGCCACGCAAGUAAGCCAAGUAAUGGUCGCCUCAUGCUUUCAGCCUCCAACAUGCCCACGCCUUCCCACCAUGCAGACUAUUCCCAACCGACCACGCUUCUCCUCUUGCCCGCUUUCUCCAUAAUCGAGAAUGUGACGCCACCUGCCGUGCCUUCCCUCAUCAGCGAGUAUAUUUCGCACGCGCCCACGACUUCGGAUCCCAUUGCACCCGUCCCAUUACCCAAAGCCAUCUCCUCCUCCAAGUCCACCGUCGGUGACAUGCGUGUACGGCCCUGCCCCCACCGCGUUGUCGUGCUGCUGUGCUCUCACAAAACGCGCGAUGCUCGCUGUGGCCAGAGUGCCCCGCUCAUCCGCAAGGAGCUCGAGAGGCAUCUACGGUUAUUAGGCCUAGAUCGGGACCUCGACGACCAGCGGCCUGGAGGGGUGGGGAUUUACUUCACAAAUCACGUCGGAGGUCACAAGUACUCGGCUAACAUGAUGGUGUACCGUCGGCCCAAUGCCUUCGGCAUCGACGACAUCAAGCGUGCGGAACUACCACCGGGACAGGAACCAGAAUUAACAAAACCUAUUGUGGAUGUGGAAGAUGGCGAGGAGACGGUAGGAGACGUGGGUGCGGCACAAUGCAUCUGGUUGGCAAGGGUACGGCCAGAAGACUGCGAGAAUAUCGUGAGGUAUACGAUUCUCCAGGGCAAGGUCGUCAAGGGGGAUACACAGCUUAGGGGCGGGUUUGAUCGUGCGACGGGGAUGAUGAGCUGGUAGAGCUAGCACGUGCAUAAGUAGUGUGGAAAAGUGUUUAAAAUGCGGUUGAGAUGUGCGUGCUUGAUCUAGAGAUUUGGCAUAGGGAAUGAGUCAAAAGGGAGAAGAGGUUGUGUAUACCGAUCGUGAUCACGGCCAUCAUAGAGAUUAGACGAGACUAGGCUGAUUGUAGUAGAAUUGCCAUGCCUUUUCAUAAAGUUGCGGUUCAAAUGUCCAUGUCUUCAUUAAAGCUUAAUUAUCGGUAUCUCCAUAGGAUGGAUCCUCAAAUGCGUCAUGUAAUGGAUUCCGUGACCGAUAUAAAGUACGGUAACGUGGUCCUGGUACAAUUAAGAGGAUGGGGUCAUGAGUGUUAGCAAGACAUUGUCCGUCGGGAUAAUUAUUAUAUGCCGCUCAUUCAUUAAAUGAUUAGGUGCCUACAUAGUGCAUAGUUAGGUAG